GAUUGACUGAUCAGAUUGAUCAGAUGAUUAAUAACUGAUCAGAUUGAUCAGUUACUGAGCGCGAUUCACGCAUUUACAUUAAAUUAAUUUUGGUUUUGCCUUUGGGGUUUACCACUUUGCCCCUUCCAGGCUUUACAAGUGCACGCAUUUAUAUUUACGGCGCACAAGUCUGACAUGGCUUCGGGCUCGGUUGGUGGAGAUGCAGCAUCAGUCUUCUAUCUUCUAAAAUCAUCCGGGAAAGUUUUCUCGGUAAAGCGUGGAAAUAUUACGGAUGUCCUGACUUCUGCGAUCCAGAUCAAGUGCUUGGCAUUUGGUGGACAGGCACCCGAAGUACUGUAUGGAAUUGGAGCUGAUCUGAAGGCUUUUGUGUGGGUUAGCGAACCAUUAGUGCCAAUCUGUCGCACAGUGGAAAUCUACGAGAAUGAACGGUGGACGCCAGCGCGAGGCUAUUCGAAUACACUGCUGCCUAAAGACAGGUAUCAGUGGUCGGAUGAGAGCGGAAGAACUGAGCGUGGAAAGGACGAUACACAGCUACCGACAUCAGAUUGGACUUGGGAGACAGCACGCUGGCAGAUAGACGAGAAUUUCCACGGUGUCCUGCUCGGUCCUGAAGGUUGGACAUACGCCAUUGACUUUCCCUCGACAUACUAUCCGGAAAAGCGGUGGAAUCACUAUGUGCGCCGUCGCCGUUGGAUGCGCACAUGCCGUUACUGUACUACCAACCGCUGGAUUCCCUUAACAUGGACCGAUCUCGCGGAUGUCAGCCUGGCCUUGAUGGACAUUUCCGCUGGAGGAUGCGACGCUUCUGCCCACAGCACGCGAAGUAUUCUUCCUGUGGGCUGUCACUAUCAACGGCCAGGUGAUCGUCCGCCGCAACUGCAGUCUCGCCUCCGCUUUCCACGGGGAUGCAUGGGCAUACAUCGAUCUUCCCGACGGGGUGGAGGCGGCACGAUAUCUGUUGGACCCGGUGAGAUGGUGUGGGCCGUCACCUCCAACGGGAUGGCGUUGAUGCGCAGCGGCAUCAAUCGGGAUCGGCCUCACGGAGCGUCGUGGGUGUUGGUGGAAGCGCCUUCGACAACCUCAUUAUUAACGCAGAUUGCCGUGGGAACGGAGAGUGUCUGGGCCGUGGCGAAAGACGGCUCGGUGUGGUUCCGACAAGGCAUGCGGACGAGUCAACCCCACGGAACAACGUGGGUGCACAUUGCUGGUAUGUCGGCGGUUUGCGUGACCAUAACGCGCAAUGGGGAGGUUUCGCCAUCAGCAACGAUAAUCAGAUUUGUUUUUCGACACGGAAUCGGAUUAGGAGAUCCGCAUGGAAAAGGUUGGAAGAAAAUAUCUUUGAAAAUAAAAGAAGAAUCGCAGAAUCAGGAAACUGAAAUCCAGGAUCCAUGGACAUGGAUUAGCGGGACUGCCGGAUUCGUUGAUGCGCGCACUACGUCGUUUGACGAUGAGAAUGCUUGGCGGAAAAAUAUUCUGGGUUUGUUGUCACUACGGUUUAAGAAUGAGAUGCAGAAUUACGAAAAAUUCGAGCCGGCUAUUGACCGCGUUGAUAACGACGAAGCGAGUGAUGCAGGAUUUUUGAAAGUGUGGUCUAACAAAAUGUCUACCUGGGAGCAAUGCUUUUUCCAAGUCCGAUAUUCCCAGGAAGCCGAUCCAGCCGAUUGCCCCAUUACUGUGGAUGGUGGCACCACCAAGCUGCUGAUUCCAUUUUUCAAUAUCACGGGAAUAUGCCUUCAUCUCGAUACAAAAGGAGACCACCAGCUUGAAAUAUCGACAGCGUUUCUCACCCGCGCACAAACGCCGUUACGGUUGUCCGGAUUGAAAUCAGAAUUAAUGCACUGGAAUACUUAUAUAACAGAAGCGUAUCUGACCUUCUUGGAUGUACGAGAAAUCCUGAAAAGAGACCGCUUGUGGAUUCUGGCUGCGGGUGUUAGCUGCCCGUUGGUGAGUUAUAAGUAUAACACAUCGGAAGCGCUGCCAUCAGUGAAAUGGCUAACGUUAGGAGGCCACUUCCGGUCGAUUGAAUCAGCAUCGGGGAUUACGUGGGCGCUGGUGGAUGGGCGAACCUGGGUUUGGACGGGUAGCUAUGAAGGUAAAACAGGAAUGGAGAAGAAACUUCAGGUGGACACCCAUCGUGUAGAGCUGUACGAAAAUCAACGAUGGAAUAUACUGAUGGGAUUUUGCGACAAGUUGUUGCCUACAAGACUGGUACAGCAAAUUGUUUGUACAAUUGAUUUAUAUACUUGGUCGGAUGAGACCGGAAGAAUGCAGUUGUCGAUGGAUGCAUUUCAGUUGCCUUCUGAUUUAUGGAAAUGGGAUUCCGAAUGGCAGAUUGACUGUCGAAACGGUGAUGAGAAUGGCUGGGUAUAUGCAUUCGAUUUCCCAUCUUCCUUUCAUUCCUCAAAAGGAUCGAACGACUACGUGCGUCGACGGCGUUGGCUUCGUCUGAUGAAAGUUGAUUGUACCGGGCCGUGGUUUCCAGGUCCAACCGGAAAGCGGAGCGAAUAUUCGACAAGUGGCUGUUGGAGGCGAUUCGGUGUGGGCUGUGUGUACCGAUGAUCAGGUGUAUUUUCGCAAAGAAUAUAGUGCGGCCUUUCCGGAAGGCACAGAAUGGGAACUGGUUGCUGAUGGUGUGCGGAAGGUCUCCGUUAGUAUGGAAGAUGACGUUUAUGCCAUUCUGUACAGCGCUAGCCAGAAAUUACCUACUCUAGCCAAAAGAACCGGGAUUACCCAUGGAAAUAAAAUGGGCGUUGGAUGGGAAUAUCGACUUCAUGCCAAAGAUAUUUGCUGUCGCAAUUUGGAAAAAAGAUAGCUGAUUUUUAUUGUUUGCACAAUGUGUUUUGUACUGAUUUGUUCUGAUUUUUGUUUCUUGUUCCUUAAGUGAUAAUGAUAGUGAUAAGUUAAUCGUUCUUUCCGUAACGAUGUUUUCUUUUUUUUACCUGUUACUAAAAAUAUCGUAAGUAUAACUGUAAUUCAGAUGCACCACGACGAUCCAUUAGCAGUAUCAAACAUACGGAUGUUAUUUCCUUACUGCUCUAACCCUCAAACUGCCAGCUGUCGAAAAGUGGCGCUGUAAAAUAAUGCAAUAAAUAACCGUUAUCGUUUUUAA